AUGCAGCCAAGUCAGCUUUUGCAUGGACUUCGUUCUUAUACAACCAUGGUUCCUCAGCCCGACAGGGGUUCGAUCUUGUCAAGAGGGCUUAUGACUUGUACUCCGCUUUCAGAUCGCUUUUCGAAGUGCAAGGCUUUCCGAGGGAUUGCAAGUUUGAGCAUCAACAGGAUGGCAGAAGCAGGGUUGUUGAGGCUGGGCCGUUUCGGAAUGAAGCUGCUGUUUGACAAGAUUGUGCAAUGGAUAGAAGAACAGCUGCUUGCAAAGGUCUUGAGCAACAUCAUUGGCCAAAUUGGAAAAAUGCUGGAGGCAUACAUACUGUCGUGGUUCAGCCCGGCAUGUUCGGCAGUUUUCAAUCUGGUCGACGAUGCAUCUAGUUUGGUAGAUGAUUUGAAUGGAUACUGGGUCACGCCGCUGACUGCUCGAUUGCUUCCUUUCGUCCUGGACUUGCUGAGCCCGAUCGUCGCACGCAUGCGUGAUUAUUUCUUCGACCUAUUCUACGUCAACCUUGCCAAGCCUAUUCUGACGUGA